AUGUCCUCGUCCCGCCCCUCCUCCGAGAUGGAGAGCUACAUCGCGGCGUACGCCGGCCACACGCGGCUCAAGCGGCUGCAGUUCAUCGCGCAGCACGAGCCCACGCUGCGAGCGGAGGCUCUGCGCAUCGCGGUGGAGCAGGCGCGGCAGGGCGUAAACACGGCGCUGUACCAGGAGCUGUGCGCGACGGAGGGCUGCCCGGUGGCCCGCGACGACGCGUGGGUCGACUCGGUCGAGAAGAAGGCCUCCGCACGCCUCGACAAGCUUGAGUCGGACCUCGCGUCGCACAAGACGUCGCUGGUCAAGGAGUCGAUCCGGAUGGGGCACUCCGACCUGGGCGACUUCCACGCCUCGCGCGGCGACUUCGCCACCGCGCUCAAGUGCUACGUCCGCACGCGCGACUACUGCACCACCUCAAGACACACCCUCUCCAUGUGCCUCGCCGUCGUCAAGGCGCCGCCCACCACCCUCCUCCACCCUCUCCCUCCACAAUCUCCCUCGAACGUUUCCCCCUUCAUCUCGAAGCCGUCCCCCGACGCGGUCCUCACGGCGCAGCUGCGCGCACUCACCGCCCUCGAGGCCAAGAAGUUCCGCGCCGCCGCGCGAAAGUUCGUCGAGGUGUCGGUCGAGCUGGGCACAACCUUCUCCGAGGUUUGCUCGGUGAGCGACGUCGCACUCUACGGCGCCCUCUGCGCGCUCGCCGCCUUCGACCGCGCUGAGCUGUCGGAGCGGGUGGUGAAGAACAGCGCCUUCCGCUCGAUGCUCGAGCUGUACCCGGAGGCGCGCGAGAUCGUGCACGACUUCCACUCCUCUCGCUACGCCUCCUGCCUCGCCGCACUCGAGACGCUGCGGCGCGACGCUUCGCUUGCGAACGUGCCGCCCUCCGCGCCCGCGACACGUCCGCGACACGCGCUCGUCCAGUACUUCUCGCCGUUCGUGGCGGUCGACUUGUGCCGCAUGGCCUCCGCAUUCAACGUCGAGGUGGACAGCCUCGAGAAGGAGAUCGCCGCCCUGAUCAUGUCGGGCUGCAUCCCAGCGCGCAUCGACUCGCAAGCGAAGGUGCUGCACGCAAGGCACGCCGACCAGCGGAACGCCACCUUCGUCAAGGCGCUCGCCACCGGAGAGGCGUACAUGCGGGACACAAAGGCGCUGCUCCUCCGCCUCAACCUGCUCCGCGCCGAUUUCGCCGUCAAGGGCAGCGGCGACUCGUCCGGCCCGUCGAAGUCGUCGCGGCAGGAGCGGGCCGAGGCGCGUGCGUUCGGAGGAGCGUGAGAUGCUGUCGAGACCGCCGCACCGGCGGUCGGGGGAGGCCGAUGUUGGCCGCCGGUGCCGGCCGGUGCCGCCUGUUGUGCAGCACAACGUGGACCGUCCCCGCCCCUGUGCUCUGCUCUGGGCUUGCGCUGCUCCUCGGCGCAGGGGCGAGAGCGGGAUUGCUCAUACGUUCGUUUGGAGUCUUGUCCUCUUGAGAGCGAGGCACGCGAGGUGGCGCGGAGAGACAGAGAGCGGUGUUGGCUGUGGCUUCGCCCCUUCUCGUCUGCCGUCGCUGGAGAAA